AUGCCGUCAAUAUGGCCCUUCGCCGGGCUAUCCACCUCCGCCGCCGAAGCUUCAACCUCUAGCUCCUCUUCCUCCUCUUCCGACACCCGCGCACCACCAAUACCACCGCUAAUCAUCGUCGAAGGGUUCCUCUCCGCCGCUCAAUCCGUCGUAUGGGGUAACGAGUUCCGUCUCUACCUCGGCGUAGGCCACCAACAACUGAUCGACCAUACUUCCCCCAACCCUUCACCCGCCUCGCGUCGUUCUUCCAUCGGUUCAUCCCGCUCUGUCGUCUUUGCGCCCAUCGGCCCCGUGAGCAGUCUGCACGAUCGAGCGUGCGAACUCUUCUACGCCCUUCGAGGCGGCACGGUCGAUUACGGUGCUGAGCACGCGCGCGAACACGGUCAUGCGCGGUUCGGUCGUCAUUAUGAUCGACCACUCUGCCCAAGUUGGGGAACCACACCGGCGCAUUUCUUAGGUCACAGCUUGGGUGGACCAACGAUCCUCAAGUUGCAACAGCUGUUGCGAGAAGGGUUCUUCGAUCACGCCCUGUCCUACCACACCCACGGAGAAGGAAAGGAGGGAGAAGAAGGCCAAGGAUGGACACCCGAAGACCUGAUUCUGAGCAUCACCUCCGUCUCCUCCCCUUUCCGGGGCACGCCUCUCGUCUACAGUCUCGGCAGCGAACCGUUGCCCUAUCCAAAAGUACGGAUGUUCAGCUUUGGCGAUUUGUUGAGCAAACUCGUGCAUGUAGCGGCGUACAUCGAUGUGCCGGGGUUCGAUGCGCAUGCUGAUGCGUGGCAUUUCUCUGCUCGGCGGCGCAAGGCUGUUCGAACGCAGGUAGCUGGCCACACCACCGCAAUUUCCCAUGGCGACACCAAGCAGGGUGCUGGCAGGCAGGAGCACGAGCAGGACGAAAAGUCAGCAGGGGUCGGGGAGCUGCUGCGUCAGUUAUGGCGGUCGGACUGGGCAGGUGGUCGAGACUGUGCUCCGUGGGAAUGCACCUUUGCCCAACGCGAACUUGAUUCCCCCGAGACCUGGUCACUCUCUUCGAACCCUCGAUCACGCCGCGGUAAAACAUGGUAUCGCUCCUAUUCAGGCGGGAUGACCCUUCCCGAUGCGCAGGGUCAUCAUCGACCCGAGAGCUUCUGGUCCUUGUCGCCUUUGACGUACACCAGUUGGCUCAUUGGUCGCUUCGACUAUACGAAGUUGGACCCCAGACCGGGUUUUCUGAAGGGCAAAGUGCGGGAGGAGUGGUGGAAGAACGAUGGAGUUGUGCCGUUGGCGAGCCAGUGGCAUCCCUUCGAAUGCGCGGAAGAGACGUGUAAGCAUUUUAGCGGGAUGCCGGCGAGUUUGCCUGCGGGCAAGAGGCGUAGGAGGAUGGAAUCGACGGAUUCCAAGUCAAGACCAUCACUGUCCCCGGUGAUCUCUUCACGCUCGUCCACGUCGGAGUGCGAGACGCUGGUCGAUGUGGACGGCGCGCUCCCACCCUCGGGUACAAGGGUUGAGAAGACACUGCUCAAAGAUGCUUCCGUCGAUGCAACCGACGGUCUGCCGCUACCAGCAACCUCCAACAUCUCGACGAACCGCAACAUGCUCUCCACCGCGCGAUCCGCAGCCAAGAUCGCCUAUCUCACCUCUCUCCGCGCGUUCCACCCUGAUCACCAGCCGCUGACCACGCCUUCCGAGGAAGAGCUCUCCUCCUUCCUCCCCCCCUCCCCUCCGUCCCCGAAAGGAGACGAGGAGCUGUGGAAUCCGCGCGACAACAAGUGGUACACGUUCGAAAUCGACAAUCUCGACCACACGAGUCUGUGUCCCUUUUGGACGGGCAGCGAGGUGCAGAAGCAGUUUUGGACCGGGAUUGGGUUCUUCCUCGCUAGUGUGGAUAGGUUGAGCGGAUACCCGGUCGAGAUGCGACUAGACGAACCCGCGACAGGCAUGUGA